AUGCCUGUCGACAGAACACCGCCCGCUACUCCAGGAUCAGCUUCAGCUCCAGAGGAUCAACAGGAUCAGCAUGCCAAUAAUAUGGAAAGCUCAGCUCAACAUACCAGCAACGAGCCGAGAAAUUCAGCUGAGUCUGGUGAAAUCAAUGCCAACGAAUUUCGUCUUCUUAAGCUUCCGAUUUUCUGGCAUAAGCAACCAAAGCUCUGGUUUGCUCAACUCGAGAAACCAAAGCUCUGGUUUGCUCAACUUGAGUGCGAAUUUUUGGUUUUUCAAAUUCUUUCGGAUGAUAUCAAAUAUAGCACAGUAAUAAGACAUCUUGACGAACAAGCUCUUUUAAUGGUUGCUGAGAUAAGUGAGAGACCACCUGAAAAAGAUAAAUAUGUAAAUUUAAAGAAUCUUCUUAUUAAUCGUUUUAUUGAUUCUGAUGAAAAACGGCUUAGACAAUUAUUGGUUGAUGUUGAAUUGAAUGAUAAGAAACCGUUUGAUUUGUUGAGAGAACUUAAACAAUUAGCUGGAGGAACUAUUUCUAAUAAUGUGUUACAUUCAAUUUGGCUUCAAAGAUUACCUUAUCGUGUUCAAGCAACUUUAGCAGUUGUUGAAGGUAGUCCUCUGAUUAAGUUGGCCGAUUUAACUGAUAAAAUCAUGGAUCGGGAGUCUGGACUUCAAGUUGCUACAAUAACUCCUUCAACUGAGCCUUGUGUUACUAAAUCUUGUGAUCUCGCCGAUCUUGAACGUAAAAUUUCAGCUUUAGAGGUCAAGCGUUCUAGAGAUAAGUCAAGAUCUAGAUUUAAUGGAAAGAGAAGAUUUAGGUCGUCAUCAAGAAAUAAGAAAACUGAUAAAAAGGAUGAGCAAACUUGUUUUUACCACAGCAAAUUUGGUAAUAAAGCCAUCAAAUGUACGAUUCCUUGUGCUAUGUCAAAAUCCUUCAUAGUUAACCAAGAAAACUAG